GAGCGUAAGACCAUUCACUGCCGCCGCCCCUCCCCCGAUUUCUUCUUCUCCGGCGACAUCCUGCGGCGGCGCGGCGACCCCUUGACGAGAAAACCAGAGCGACGCUCCUCCUCUGCGCGCGUCGAUCUGCAGCCACGAACUAACUGGACGAGCAGAGCACGAACAGCAGCGCGUGGACCCCUGCCUUUUCGACAUCAAUACAGCACCGACACAAACCGUUCUGUGAGGGUCAGUAGAAGUUAUUAGAAUUUUCUUCAACAUAAUGGGCGUCUGUAAAAUGACAUACAGACAAGUACGGGAACCUGCUUUAUUCAGAACGUCAUGGAGGAUGAAAAGCUCGAGAAUUUUCAGGUUUGAUGUUGAUUCUCCAAGUUUCAUUGCCACGCCAUUGAUUCUUAACUCAGUUAUUUCUACAAGUUUACUGUUUAAAUCGGAACGAUGCUUCUAAUUCCCAUCAAACACCAUGAGAAAUUCGUUGGGCAUCCGCGUGGUUGCAAACCGGUACGCCGCACAAUUGCAACUCUGUUGCCCACAGAAUCCCUCUUCCUUUUCACUUGCUCGGACUGUCCAUGCCCACAUGAUUGCUUCGGGAUUCAAGCCUCGUGGGCAUCUCGUCAAUCGCCUGCUCGACGUAUACUGGAAAUCGUCAAAUCUUGUGUAUGCGCGCCAACUGUUCGACGAAAUUCCCAACCCAGAUGCUGUAGCGAGGACUACAUUGAUCACGGCAUACUCUGCAGUGGGGAAUCUAAGUCUGGCUAGAGCAAUAUUCAAUGGGACUCCAUUGGUCAUGAGGGACACUAUUUUCUACAACGCUAUGAUUACUGGCUAUUCGCACAAUGAUGAUGGUCAUUCUGCUCUUGAACUGUUUCAUGCUAUGAGACGGGGUAAUUUUCAGCCUGAUGACUUUACAUUUACUAGCGUGCUCAGUGCUUUGGCACUUAUUGUUGAUAAUGAGCAGCAAUGUAGCCAAAUUCAUGGUGCGGUGGUAAAAUCUGGAACUGGGCUUGUUUCUUCAGUGUUAAACGCUCUCCUAUCUGUUUAUGUUAAAUGUGCAUCUUCACCAUUAGUGUUAUCAUCUUCACUAAUGGCAUCAGCUAGGAAACUUUUUGAUGAAAUGCCAGAGAGGGAUGAAUUAACAUGGACAACAAUGAUUACUGGGUAUGUGCGGAAUGAUGAUCUGAAUGGAGCGCACGGACUUCUUGAUACAAUGACUGAAAAGCUGGGGGUAGCAUGGAAUUCAAUGAUCUCCGGAUAUGUGCACCAUGGUCUUUUCCAGGAAGCCUUAACAUUGUUUAGGAAAAUGCGUUUGCUUGGAGUCCAGCAUGAUGAGUUCACCUACACAAGCGUGAUUAGUGCUUGUGCCAAUGGUGGUUUUUUUCAACUGGGAAAACAGGUGCAUGCUUACAUUCUAAAAAAUGAGCUCAACCCAAAUCAUGAUUUUAUAUUGUCUGUGAGUAAUGCAUUGAUUACUUUGUAUUGGAAGUUCGGUAAAGUUGAUGGGGCACGGAAGAUUUUUUAUGAGAUGCCAAUUAAAGAUAUUGUUACUUGGAAUGCAAUCUUAUCAGGGUAUGUGAAUUCAGGGCGGAUGGAGGAGGCAAAGUCUUUCUUUGUAGAAAUGCCAGAGAAAAACCUUCUUACUUGGACUGUGAUGAUUUCAGGAUUAGCACAAAAUGGAUUUGGGGAAGAGGGUUUGAAGCUGUUUAACCAAAUGAGGUUAGAUGGUUAUGAACCCUGUGAUUAUGCAUUUGCAGGAGCAAUUACAGCUUGUUCUGUGCUUGGAGCAUUGGAGAAUGGUCGCCAGCUCCAUGCUCAGCUUAUUCAUCUUGGUCACGAUUCAAGCCUCUCAGUUGGCAAUGCAAUGAUCUCAAUGUAUGCAAGAUGUGGAGUGGUUGAAGCUGCAAAAUCUUUGUUCCUCACUAUGCCUUUUGUGGAUUCGGUUUCAUGGAAUGCGAUGAUUGCAGCACUGGGACAGCAUGGGCAUGGUGUAAAAGCAAUAGAACUUUUUGAACGAAUGUUGGAAGAGGGUAUACUCCCCGAUAGAAUAACAUUUCUUACUGUUAUCUCUGCAUGUAGUCAUGCAGGUUUGGUUGAUGAAGGACACAAGUAUUUUAAUUCAAUGUCUGAAACUUAUGGCAUUACUCCUGGUGAGGAUCAUUAUGCUCGGAUGAUCGAUUUGUUUUGUCGAGCUGGGAAGUUCUCAGAUGCAAAGAAUGUCAUUGAUUCCAUGCCUUGCAAACCUGGGGCACCAAUGUGGGAGGCUCUUCUUGCUGGCUGUCGGAUUCAUGGAAACAUGGAUUUAGGAGUAGAAGCUGCUGAAAGGCUUUUUGAGUUAAUGCCACAACACGAUGGAACCUAUGUACUUUUGUCAAACAUGUAUGCCAAUGUUGGCCGGUGGAAUGAUGUUGCAAGGGUGCGGAAACUGAUGAGAGAUCGAGGGGUCAAGAAGGAGCCUGCUUGUAGUUGGACUGAGGUUGAGAACAAGGUUCAUGUCUUUUUGGUGGAUGAUACUGUGCAUCCUGAGGUGCUAUCUGUCUACAAUUAUUUGGAGCAACUAAGCCUUGAAAUGAAGAAACUAGGAUAUAUUCCGGAUACAAAGUAUGUGUUACAUGAUAUGGAAUCUGAACAUAAAGAAUAUGCUUUGUCUACUCACAGUGAGAAGCUUGCAGUUGGGUUUGGGCUAAUGAAGCUCCCUAAAGGUGCCACGGUUAGGGUUUUCAAGAACCUUAGGAUCUGUGGGGAUUGCCACAAUGCAUUCAAGUUCAUGUCUAAAGUGGUGAGGAGGGAGAUAGUAGUGAGAGAUGGAAAGAGGUUUCACCAUUUCAAGAAUGGUGAAUGCUCGUGCGGUAAUUACUGGUGAUUUUGACUCUCGUUUACCUGGCUAGUGAUUUUCUCGGCUGGUCUAAAAAAUGGCCAUAUAUCACUUGAAACAUGCAAGGAGGUCGUCGGUGAAAUUGCUCACCAAGUCACUGAACUAUCAAGUCCAGUUGAAUGAUUUGAAGGGAAGAUGGAAUCUUUGAACAGACAUUGGUUGUUGCUGCAUACGUGAGUAGUCGUGCCCAGUACCGUAGCACUAGAAAUUCAAUCUGCCACAGUUAAAGCUGUCUCCUGCAAGCUCACGACACGAGCACCUGCCCCCUUUUCUUAACUCGUGACAGCAUUCUUCAUCGUCGUGCUGUGAGCUCCAUUGAGAGAGCAAAGUUCACUUGAAGUUGUUCGCUACAUACUUGCAAACUCACAAAUGGCUUUCAAUCUGCGUGGAUAGGUAAAAUUUUCGGCUGCCCAUCAUCUUUUUAUUUCUUUAUGCCUAUUUUAUCUACUCAUUACCCCCAUUUGUUUUAGUUGCAUUAUUGGAAUAUCAUGUAAACUAAAAGACAACAAUGCAUCACACCAAGAAUCACUCCGUAAUGAGGGAUUUUUGUCUACAUUAUGGAGUUUGGUGUAAGCCGCCAAAACGAAGGAUAGGACUCUUAAAUUUGAGAAAAGAAAUGUUGCUGCAGUUUACUUGCUUUCACAAGCUUCCUUCAUCUGAUUCUUGAACGAAAUCGUGAAUCUGUAGAUUGAAACAUUCAAGAACACUUUCAUUUCUGAUAAAAGAAGGCUUCAUCAUCUUGGUUAAGGUAUGCUUUGCUAUGGACUUCAAAAAUUUCUUAGUUUUGUUUUUCACUCAUAUGAAUUGAAAUCAUAAAAGCUGUGGGAUUUUGGCCUUUGCCCAGAAAGUUUGUUUACUUUACUGAAAAUCUCCCAGACACGGUGUUUUUUUCUUCACUCUUAAGGAUAGUAUUUUACUUUUCGAAGCUUCUCCUUCACUCUUAUUGAAGAUUAGAUUGGUCACUUGAAUCUUUCUGAACUUUUUGAAUUGGAAUCUGAAAUUCUUUGGAAUAUAAGAGUUUAGGUGAAUAUAUUGACACUGGUUCUGGGACCAAAGUGAUUGAAAAUUAUAGCUAAUGUUAUGCAUAUAAAAUAUGUAUUUAUCAUUUUUAUACAUAGUUUGACCAAAAAAAAAAAAAAGUACCACUCAAAUAUUAUCCUUAAUUUAUUCUCUAUACUAAAUUAUUUUUUUGGUCGAUGGGUAGUUAGAUAUAAUUGUUAGUAAAGUAUUAUUUAUUUGAGUGUAAUUUAAUAUUAAGAAUUCCGUUGUAGUCUAGUUGGUUAGGAUACUUGGCUCUCACUCGAGAGACCCGGGUUCAAGUCCCGGCAACGGAACUUUUAAAAAUAAUAAUUCUGGUGUCUUCUUUAUGGUUCACCGCCACGCCAUGGAUUCUUUACGCUAUAAUUACUACAAGCUUCGUGUUUAUGCUUCUAAUUCCCAUCAAACUCCAUGAGAAAUGCCUUGGAAGUCCGCACGGUGGCAAACCGGUACGCCGCACAGUUGCUACUCUGUUCCCCACUGAAUCCGGCUUCCUAUUCGCUUGCUCAGACUGCCCAUGCCCACAUGAUUGCUUCCGGAUUUAAGCCUUGUGGGGAUUUCCUCAAUCGCCUCCUCCAAAUGUUCUGCAGAUUGUCGAGUCUUGUUAAUGCGCGCCAACUGUAAAAGUACUACUUUGAUUGCGGCAUAUUCUGCGCCUUGGAAUUUGAAUCUUAUUUGAGGAAUAUUUAAUGGGACUCCACUCGCGUUAUCAGGGACGCUAUUUUGUACAACGCAACGAUUACUGGCUAUUCGCACAACGAUCAUGGUUAUUCUGCUCUUGAAUUGUUUCAUGCUAUGAGACAGCAAUUUUCGGCUUGAUGACUUUACAUUUACAUUUACUUUGUACUGCAAGAAUGGUAAAGUUGAUGGGGCACGGAAGAUUUUUUAUGAGAUGCCAGUUAAAGAUAUCGUUACUUGGAAUGCAAUCUUAUCAGGGUAUGUGAAUGCAAGGCGUAUGGACGAGCCAAAAUCUUUCUUCGCAGAAAUGCCAGGGAAAACCCUUCUUACUUGGACUGUGAUGAUUUCAGGAUUAGCAAAAAAUGGAUUUGGGGAAGAUGGUUUGAAGCUGUUUAACCAAAUGAGGUUAGACGAUUAUUAACCCUGUGAUUAUGCACUUGCAGGAGCCAUUACAGCUUGUUCUGUGCUUGGAGCAUUGGAGAAUGUCGCCAGCUCCAUGCUCAGCUUGUUCAUCUUGGCCACAGUUCAACACUCUCAGAUGGCAAUGCAAUGAUCUCAGAUUCUCAAUGAAUGCAAGAAGUGGGCUUUUGAUCUAAGCAAAAAGGUAAAGUUUUUGUUUCUUCAUCAUCUUGUUUUCCUUCCCAAUGGUUUCACUGCUGCAUAGUUUUGUUUUGCACUCAUAUGAAUUGAAAUCAGACAAGCUGUGGGAUUUCCUCUUGUUACAAUACCUCAGUAAAUGGUCAUCCCUUCAAUUAAGGUCAUCUUCAACCAAGGAAUUGAUUACUCUCUCCCUCCUAUUCGUUACUGUCAAUAUUCUGUAUUUAUGUUUGUUUCCAUUCUUGUAUAACCAAUUUGGUAGCAGACCAUGUAUACAUGGAAAUAAGAUCAUUGUAAUAAUUCCAAUGGUGGACUAUAUAGCACCCACCUUCACCUUAAUGCAAAGUGUGCAAAAAGACAUUUUCUCAAAA